GCUGAACUUGAACAGCUAUGAAAAUUCAAGUUGAAAUUCUAUUGAAGCACGUUGUUGGUGACUUGUAACAAAAUAUUAAUUUUAAAAAAGUUUGGCAAGUUAGAACCACUGCUGUACAAUAGGUGUAAGUGGAUCACUAAUGGAUGUGUUACAUUUGAAUUCAAAUAUUCCAUGUCUUAACUGAAGUAGUACUUUUUCAAAUAUGUCAUCUCAAGAAUUACUUGAAAAGUUUAAUGUGGAAGUAUUUGAAAACAAUUUUCAAUACAACUAUACUUCCAUGACUGAGUUAAAUACUUUUCUACAAAAAAGUAUAAAUGGUGAUGUGGACUGUUGUACAAAAAACCAAAAAUGCCAAGAUAUUUUAAAAAAUAUUCAUUUCCGUUUAAUAGACAUAGUUGAUUACAAAAAACACACAUCAGACUAUCAAAGUUCUCUUCCACAAAUUUUAUAUCAAACAUUUUAUUUAACUCAUCAAAAUAUAACAAAAGAACAAUCUAAUAAUGAUGAAAAAAAUAAAUGGACCUUACCUAUGAAAUUAGAUAAAUCAGAUAUUAGUGGUACAAACAUUACACAUUUUGUAAGUCUUGGAAAAAAAUUAGAAUUACCAUCAGAAAAGUAUGAUCAAUAUUGUUUGCUUAUUCAUGUUGGUGCUGUUAAAUGUUUUGAAUUUGAAAAACAAUUAAAUUCUAUAAAUAUUUCAAUCGAAAAUAUUUGUGAUUUUUGCUUCCGUUAUACUGAAAUAAAUUUAGAUGCUUUAAAAUAUUUAACGGAAUGUAUGACAGUUAUAACAAAAGAUCAGUGGAAGAAGUCAUCAAAAAUUAUUUAUAAAGUCAUAAUGGGUCUAAUUAAUCAUUAUUUACCAUCAAUUCAUGACCAAUGUAUUUUACUUUUAAUAAAAUGUUUAGAUUUUGAAGAUUUAGAUUAUAUACUAAAUAUAGUUAUGAUAGAAGUAUCAUGGUCUUUGAGAACUAAGUUUUACAUGUUGACGGUUAUUGCAUCAAAAUAUGGUGCCAAAAAGAUCUUAGAGAAGUAUGAUAUUUUGUCAAUUUCGAUGUGGAAAUGCUUAGAUGAACCAUACUUGAUGUCCCCUUGUAUGGAUCUGUAUAAAACAUUCAUUAAAGGUUUAAGUGAAGAUGAUUUUAGUAAUUUGGUUAUGCAGCCAAUUAUUAACUAUCUGACUAAUAACAAUAUUAAUUCUGAGUUAACAAGGUACAAUUUUGUGACUUACCUAUUACCUUUAUUGAAAUCCAAACACAUGGGCAGCUUAUUGACGUUGUAUGAAAAAAUAAAAAUGUAUAGAGUACAUGAUAUGAAACCAGAUUUAUAUCUUCAAGUACAUGUAUUGAGAAUGGUUUAUAAUACCGAAUUAGAAAAUGUUCAAGAAAUACUUGACUUAUCUUUGAAUUCUGGAGAUGCUAAAAUAAGAUCUGUAGCAUUCACUAUUUUGUGUUCUUCAAAGUUAUCAACAGAUAUAUUAAAUUUAAUUUACAACUUUAUUGUUGAUAAUAUAAACAGUGAUUGUUCGACUCUUAGGACAGAGAUUGUUUCUGGAUUAAAAAAUAUGUUACGCAAGUGUAAGAGACUUAAUGCAUCUAUACUCACAUUUUUAAAUAGAUUGCAUGCAUUCAUCUUAUCAAAUCUGGCCCCUGGUUCAAAUUACCAAAGAAAAAUUACAUCAUUAAAAAUAUAUUUGGUUAUACUUAAGUAUGAAAAUAAAGAUUAUGUUUCAUAUUCAUGUAGACAUUUACUUUUUACAAAUUUAUUAGAUUCUGAAGAUAUUAGAAAAAUAUGUAGUGAAAUACUAGUGCUGUAUUUUAGUGUUGUAAAAGAAGACAAAAUAUACUUAAAUAACUGGAUGAAACUUGGUAUUAGCUUGUGUCAUGAUCCUUUAUUUUAUAAAAAUGAAAGUGGUUCAACUAUAAUAUAUACUGUAACUACAUUGGUUUACAAAUCUGAACUCAAAAUUGAUAUAUUCAAUAUAAACAAUUCAUCUGUAUCUGCAUAUAUAUUAGAUUUAGCAAAAAAACAAGAAAAACGACUGAAUGAUAAUUUUGUUAGUAAUGUGACAGAUGGUACACUUUAUGGUCUAUUAGAUGCUCUGAAUAAUUUGUCGUUUGAAAAAAAUUCUCCAGAAAAAAACAAGCUAAAUGAAUCACAGAUUGAGAUCAUGUUAAAUUUGAUUGAAGACAUUUUGAAUCUUAUGCUAGACACAUUAUCUUCCAGGAUGGAUGCAGAAGGUAAGUCCGAGGCACCAUCAUUUGCUCAGAUGGAUGUAGCAUUAAGUAGUUUACGUAUAUCAAAUCAAGACAAUGUUCAAAUACCAACAAAUCAAUUUCUUUUAAAUUUCAUUUGGAUAAAUAUCAAAAUUUGUUGUGACGUUGCGAGUAAAUAUGCAGUUAUGCUGGCGAUUAGUGAUACUACAAAUAAUUUGUGUAAAGAUACUCAAAUCAAAAGAUGUGCGGAUAUAAUAGCAGACGUGUUGAUUAGAUGUAGACAUAAAGGUGCUAUGGAAGCUACUUGCAAGUCACUAGGAAUAAUAAUAAAACAUUGGAAAGAAUCACUAAUUUGGUGUCAAAAUAUGUUAACUGACCAUAUUAAUUGUAUGAGACCAGAAGAUGAGAUAUCAAGAAGGUCAGCUGGAGUAAGAUACCUUAUACAUGCAAUUGUAACAAAUAAUAAAAACACUGUUAAGGAUUGUAUUAAACAAUUAUACAAUAUAGCAAAGGAAAAUAUGUGUAUUGGCAUUGAUACAAUUGUUGAUUUACCACAAGCAAGAGCCCAACAUCUGUUAACUGCAAUUUUUUCAAACUCGUCAAUUUCUACAAGUAUUUUAUAUUAUUUUAUGGAAGAUAUGAUCAUGCUUUGUAUUGAUAACCUUAAUUCCCCUCUUUGGACCAUCAGGAAUGCUGCUCUUCAGUUUUUCAGUUCACUCCAAGUGAGAUUAAUUGGUCAAAAUCGGUUAAACAAUGAUUGUUGGCUAUCUCAUUUACCACUAGAACCAUUACUAUACCAUUUUCCACAGUUGAUGCAACGUUUACAAUCUUUAUGGUCACAAACAAACUGUAAGCUUUCAAGUCAGUCUCGGUUAAUCCCAUUCAUGUCUCUACUGAAGGGCGUAAAAAUACAGUCAUGGAGUUUGUUACCAUUAGCUCAUCAACAGUUUUUAGAAAGUCUUCGUUGUAAUUUGUGGUCUACUGGUUUAGGGCUCGAAAUUUAUACUGUAAGAAAUAUGGCAGCUCAAGCUUACGCCAACACAAUACAAGUUAAUGAAAUAUCAUCAACUUUGAAUAAAAUUAGUUAUGAAAUAAUAAAAUGUGAUGGAGGAAUUAAUUUUCCAGAAUUUAAAGGUUUUAAUCAUUUACACGGACUGAUGUUAGUGUAUAAAUAUUUAAAAGAUGCUUAUUAUAUGGAAUUUAACCAAGAGUUUAAGGCUUUUAAAAUUGCACAUGGACAUUUACCACCAUUAUGUAAAUCAUUAUACAUAUCAAUAAACUGUGAAGUAAUAGAUCCACUUCCUUCAAAUUCAUCGAUUGGAUGCAUUCAUGUUAAACAAUUAAUGAUACAAAAUUAUAUAUCACAACAAAUCGCAUCAAACUUUUCAGACUUAAAGGAAUUUUAUAAGAGCGCUGAUAAGCACACAGCUAUAAGUUUUUUUAAAUGUCUUAGAGAUUAUAAUACAAGAUAUGAAAAUGGUGUACAUUUAAUGAGUAAAUUAACAGAUUUGCUUAGAUGGGAAGUUGAUAAGGAUAUAUUAAAAGAAAUUAUUCUGAACAUUGAAGUACUUUUAUACAUUAGACAUGAGGAUAUUAGACUUGAGUUUGAACUUUCUGAUGCUCGGUUUUCUGAAAUAUUACAAACAUGUACAUUAUGCUCAGAAAAAGAUUUUAUUGCCAUGUUACCGGUUCUCACUUGGUUAUGUCCGAGGAAAGUGUAUUCAACCUUUUUGCCAAUCAUGCUUAAGUUCAUUGAUUGUGAUUCUUAUGAUUCUACUGAUAGAAGUAGCUGUUCUAAAUCUCUAUAUUAUUGCAAAUACACGAAGGAUGAUGACAGACUUUGGUUUGCAGUUGUUGAGUUAUUGCAAGAUGAAGACAUUAAUGUACGAGUUGAAGCGACAAGGUUUGUGAAUCACAUUACUAACAAGAGUGCUUACUUACUAAAUCCUUACAUGUGCUUAAGGAAAAUGUUUGAGAUUGAAAUAGUAUCUUCUAUAAUAAACCCAAGGGUUGCAUUUACCUGUUUUUGGGACCAGUUAUCUGAGAUUAAAGUACGCACUAAAUUUGAUGAAACAAUAAAUCCAUUCUUUAAUGAACAGUCCAAUAUUUAUCAAGAACAAUCAAAUAUCAUGAAAUUGGCUUUUGAAGGUCUCAAAUCUUUGAUUAAAUCAAAUAAUAAUCUUGAUUAUUAUAAAGAGGUAGUUAGCAAGUGUCUUGACAUAUUAAAAACUGAAUGUGAAUUUAAACACACAUUUAUUGAUGAGGAUUUACAGAUUUUAGAUACAUAUUCAAGUGUAAAUUACCAAAAAUUAUAUUACAAAAGAGAAAUUUUAGUUUUAUUGGAUUUCAAAGAUUAUUUAAGUAUGUUUUUUCCAAUACUGGAGUUUAUAUAUUUUCCUAUUAAACCCUCCCAAUGCUUAAGACAAUGUUAAAAUUAGUGUUUGUAAGGUCUCAGGUAUUGCUUUAAUAAUGUUUUGUAUUAAGUAUUAAUUAUUAAAUUAUUUUCCCAACAUUGUAAACUACUGAAGUGUAUAAACACCCUAAUGUACAUUUAAAUAAGUAUUAUGUUAUAAUUAUAUUCUUAAAAUAUUCUAGUUGUAUUGAUUAUUAUCUUUUAGUUUAUAUGUUUAGUGAAAGCUUAAUGUCAAAGCCUAUGUAUUUAAAUUUAAUAUUUCCUAAUGGAAAAAUUUAGAUGUUUCAUUAAAACAUGUGUGGGUUUAGUAUUUAUUUAGUUCAUAGAAUUGAAAUCGAAAGAUAAUUGUGAUAUGUAUGUUCAUAUCAUAAACACACCAAUCAAAAUUUAUUUUUGUAAAAAUCAAAAUUAUUUUUCAUUGAAUAACAAGAUAAAAGAAACAUA